AUGGUCAGGAGAUGGGUAUGGCUGUUGGGGAUACUGAUCAUCGACGUGGGGAUGGUGAAGGAGGGCAGAGGAGAAGCCGGUGCAGUAGAGGAGGCUCGGGAGCUGUUGGGCAUGUCGGACGCCGACGGAGACAUGAAAUGGCAGGGUAGUGCCUGCUGCCCGUUGGGGAGGAGGAUUGGUGCCAUGAGCGCCUGCGAGAUGAGGGAGUGGUUGAUUUGUAUCAAUGCGGUGAGAUGGGACGAGGACGUGCCGGUCAUGCCGAACGAGACAGGAACGCUGAAGGAAGACGAGCUAGUGAGGAGGGGGAUUAGAAUGGAAGGGGCCAGGAGCAUUGUUGCCUGCAGGAACUUCACGACGCAUGGGGUGUUGUAUGCUCUGUACAAUUUGGGUGGAGGCGAGAGCGAUAAGAUGACAAGCAUGGUGAGACGGUCGAUCCUGAGCUUGAAGCAGCUGCAGCGCAACAGGAUGCUAGGGGUACAUGUGGCCAUCGCAGGUAAGGAGGGGGCAGAGAGCAUUGGCGCUCUAGUUGGCAUGGAGAAGCUGGGAGUUCAAUUCUCGUUCCACCCGGACGCUGAGAGCAGCACGACCUUCAAAAUCAGUGCCAUGCUGGCAUCACCCUUCCAGCACACCAUGUUCCUCGACGCCGACACGUACGUCUGCCGUGACGUGCUGGGAGCGUUCGACCUCCUACCAAGGUUCGACCUGGUUGCGACAGAAGCUCCUAUCCUGUUCCACGAGGGUCAUCCUACAGGGCUCGCUCGUUUUUCCAUACCGUCUUCCUACGCUCAGUUCAACUCUGCAGUAGUCUUGUUCGCCUCCAACGAGCGCCUUACGAGGCUGCUGCGGCUGGCCCUUGAGCGGGGGAGGCAGCUGCAACCCCUGGGGUUCUACGAUCAAGAAGCUCUUAGAUUCGCGCUCUGGAACAGCCCCGAUGUCAGAACGCACACUCUGCCUCCUCCCUGGCAGUGCAGAGGAGCUACGACGUGCAGUGACUUGGUGGCUGGCCAGGUCAUCGUAGGGCAACCGGUUGACGCUGGGUUCUUUCCUUGUGUUGUGCUGCACAGCCGCAAGGUCAGGGAGGAGGUAGACGAGACGUUCGCCGUCUCCUGCUCCGAAGGGGCUACCGCAGAUGUGGAUCGGCUGGGGGCGGACUCUCUGCUGCCUUGCGGGGUUCCGAGGCGGGAGGAGUACCAGAGGGUGGAGGAGAGUGAAGUUUUCAGCGAGAUGAUGAGCUUUUCUCGCUAUUGGAUGAUGAAGAAUGGUUUCAUGCAUGUCGCUGCGAACAUGCUGUCGCUCAUACAGCCUGAUGUCUUGAUGCAGUGGAGCAGACGCUGGGAAUAUCCCUUCCACUACAUCGCCAUCCGCCGCCUACAGGAGCAGUUCUACCAGGGUCAGGGGUUGAGGGUUAUCGAUGGAGGUAUAGGUUGCACGUUCUUCCCCUUCUUCCUCGUUGAACAUCUGCCUAACGUCACGGUCGACGGCAUCGACUCAGACAUGCGGCUUCCUCAAGUCUACCAUGAGCUCGGGCUGUUGGAGGAGGACGGUAGGGUGCAGCUGUUCCACUCGUCCAUGGCGGACCUGCCCUUUGAGGACAGUACCCAUGACGUGGCGAUGUCAGUUUCGGUCCUGGAGCACACAACCAACUAUGACCGCAUCCUGGCUGAGUUCCGACGAGUGCUGAAGCCAGGAGGGUUCCUCCUACUCAGCUUUGAUGUUUCUCUCAAAGGAGAUGCGCAGAUCAGCGUCGAGGAUGCAGAGAAGCUGCUGCGAGUCGUGGAGGAGGUUGGGUUCAAGGAGGUGGAGGGUCGAGGGCGGCGGCUGCAGGACAUGACGAGGGAGGAGGCAGAGAUCCUGACGAGUACGUGGGCGAUCGAGAGGGAUCCGCAGGCGAACCCUUGGAUCAGCAUGGCGGCGAUUCGCCACCUAACUGUCUACUGCUCCUUGUUCCAGUCCACCAAGGGCCCAGGAGCCUGA